CAUUUCUCUGAAGAUAAAUUUCUCCGUGCUUUAUUAAGUUGUAGCUAUUUUAAACCUUCUAUUGUUUAUUUGCAUAUACGUCAUCUACGAAAUGGAGUUCGGAUAAACUUUGACGUAAACGUAUCUCUCGUGAAACUUCUUAAUUCAUUUGUUUUGCUAGGAGCUCGUGAGCAAACUUUACCUCCACUUUCCACUGAUGUUGAUAAAAGCUAGCUAGCUAGCUGAGGAGGCUAAACGUUUUAUACAAUAACAGCCAUUGUUUUUGGUUAAAAGUGUGAAAGAAACACACGGUAGAACCUAAAAACAGCCAAAUCUCAGCUGAAACUUCGCUCCCAGGACACAAACCCUUAACAGGACGACUGUCAUUAUUCACCCGAACUCACAGAUCGUUCCGAAUUCUAGACUGAACCGGUUAAACAUCGACUGUAAUUACCCUGACUGAAUCCUUAGCUUCAGGCUCUUCAUGAAAGAGUGAUGUACGAAAAUGUGCCGACAGUAUCAUCGGCUGAGCGGCAGCAGGUGCUCCAGGCUGUGGAAAGGCUGCAGUCUAAGCUGGCUCAGCGUGAGGAAUGGACUCACAGUGAAAGGCUGGGAACGCUAAAGGAAGCACUACAGAGCCCUCUGCUCAACCGCAUCAUCACCCUGCAGCACUCUCUCAAACAGCUUAAAGACCAGCUGAACUGUUUACCUCCUGAUGCAUGCAGUGAGUUCAGUUUCUCCAGGAAAGGCCAGUUAAUUGUGAGCGCAAGUCGUCCUGGAAGCAGUCUAGGCUCCGUGGUUUCUAAUGGCACCUCUGCAUCUUCAGCAUCCUCGGAGCAGCUCCAGAGAUGGCUUCAUGCUACAGCAAAGGGAAGAAAGCUGGAGCAUGUGAACCUGCUGAGGCCCUUGACAGAAGGUCUAGGUUUCAGUGUGGUGGGGCUGAGGCAGGAUGGAGUUGGCUCUCAUGGAGUUUUCAUCAAACAGGUGCAAGCGGGGAGUGUGGCAGACAGAGAUGGCAGAUUGCAGGAGAACGACCAGAUUCUGGCCAUCAACGGGAUUCCCCUGGACCAUAAUAUCACGCAGCAGCAGGCGGUUGCUUAUCUACAGCAGCAGAGGGAUCGAGUAGAGCUCAUAGUGGCCAAAGACUCUUCACUCAAACCACAUCUCCUCCCACCUGGAUCCAUUCAGACAGAACAUUGGGGACAUGUGGAGGAGAUCGAGCUGAUGAACGAUGGUUCGGGUCUCGGCUUUGGAAUUGUGGGUGGAAAAGCUGCUGGGGUGGUCGUACGCACUCUGGUACAAAACAGCAUUGCAGAUAAGGACGGCCGACUGAGGACCGGUGACCACAUCCUUCGUAUCGGCGACACGCCCACACAGGGGCUGACCAGUGAGCAGGUUGUGCAGGUGUUGCAGGCCUGCGGUAACCGAGUCCGCAUGCUAAUUGCCCGGGAUCCCCUGGGUAAUACACAGCCUCCACCGCCACCUCCACACGCUCCUACAGCAAUGCCCUCUGCCUCCAUGCUCCCUCCCAUACCAGCGCGCAGGACCAGCAAAACGCUAAACCUUGAAUGCCAUGAGAUUCAUGAAGUGUCGUUGAAGAAGAAAGAUGGCCAGAGUCUGGGAAUUUCUAUUGUUGGCUGUAACUCUUUGACCGCCGAUGACGGAUUAGGGGUUUCUGUGAAGAGCAUCAUCCCUGGCAGUGCUGCUGAACAGUGCGGGAAUAUCAUGGUCCAUGACAGAAUAAUAGCGCUGAAUGGAGUUAACCUACAGGGCUUCACCAGCCAGGAGGUUCUAGAUGUGAUGAGGCAGACGGGUCAGACUGUGAACCUCACUUUGGUCCGCAAAAUCGCCUCGCCUAAGAAAUCUGCCGUGGAGAUCUCUCUGGAUAAAGUCCACAGAGAGUCAUCCCGAGUGUCUUUGAGGAGAUCUGCAGAGAUCAAGGUCCGGGCAGAUGUUCAGAUGGCCUCUGUGAUGGAGCCAGUGGACACAAGUCAGACAGCGAUCAAACAGCAGUCAUCUACAAGAGUUCGAGAGUCCAUUCCACUGACAGAGAUGGAGUUGCGGACCAAAUGGGAGCAGGCACUGGGCCCUCAGUAUGAUGUUAUGGUUGUUAAACUAGACCCUGUCAUUGAGGAUGAUGCUGAGCUGCAGAAAUAUUCCAAGUUGCUCCCGAUACACACCAUGCGUCUUGGCGUGGAGCUAGAUUCGUUCGAUGGUCACCACUACAUUUCUACCGUAGCCCCUGAUGGUCCUGUGGCCAAGCAUGGUUUACUGCGACCAGAGGAUGAACUUCUUGAGGUGAACGAUGUGCAGUUGUACGGGAAGACGAGGCGGGAAGCUGUAGCGUUCUUGCGAGAGGUUCCUCCUCCCUUCACUCUUGUGUGCUGUAGACGCCUCAUUGAAGAGGGCACUGAAUACGAACCUGAUGAUGAUGAGGAUGAUGAUGAUGAGUGGGGCUCCAGGGAUCCUACAGCUAGCCUACAGGAGCAGACACAAGUGAUCCAGAAGGAGGUUGCUGAGCAGCAAACCGCUCCAGAGCCAAGCUUUUCUGAGAGGGAGGAGGACGAGAAUAGGGAGAGUGGAGAUGAAGAGAACGAAGAGGGAGAGUUGGCUCUCUGGUCUCCAGAAGUGCAUGUGCUGGAGUUGGAGAAAGGCGAGCGAGGCCUCGGGUUCAGCAUUCUGGAUUACCAGGACCCUCUGGACACUACACGCUCUGUGAUAGUCAUACGAUCGCUGGUAAACGGAGGUGUUGCACAGAGUCAUGGUGACCUGCUGCCUGGAGAUCAACUGGUCUUUGUUAACGACACCUACCUGGACACAUGCUCCCUAACGCAGGCUGUAGAUGUCCUCAAGGCUGUGCCACCAGGCACCGUAUACCUGGGCAUCAGGAAACCUUUGGGGGCAGAGGACAGGGACACUGUGGAGAAACCUGCAGCUCUCAAAGAGCAAGAACACACCACCACCUAUUCUCAGCUUCCUGUGUCUAAGCAGGACUUUAGGGAUGACUCUGUCCUUCCAGAAGACAUUGAUGAUGACCCAGAGCUGAUUCUGGAUAGUACAAUCCGUUAUGCCAAACCUCUAAUUACGCUCGAGUUCCUGCCAGGCGAGGAGAGAGAGAUGGCUGUGGAUGAGGAGGAAGAUGAGGAGGAGGAAAGAAACAGAAGUAAUAGGGAGAGUCCACUGUUAUACCACAGGGAGCAGUCACCUUACAGGGAAGAGGAAGUGACGUUAAACCCCUACCUGACAUUUACCCCUACUGAAGUACAGCAGCAGGUGGCGGAGGACAGAGCUGCAACUGAAGAUGAUUUUCAAACAGAAAUGGAGUCAAGCCUAAAUUUCCAUCAGCAUCCCCUCAGUCAGUCAGCACAGACAUGGGUGGAGUUAGCAGAGAGUGAGGCGGACUCAGACUCGCGGAAUGAAGGCUCCGAGCUCACUCUGACUGACACAGACACAGAGUCUGCACAGCCGACUUCAUAUGUCAGAGGGAAGAAGAGAAGUCAGGGGGCUGCAACGGGGCUGAUUAGACACGAACACAGUGUUUUACCAGAGAGAGAGGAUGGAGAGGGAGAGGAAACGCCCAUCUUCAGUCACUGGGGUCCCCCACGCAGAGUGGAGGUGUGGCUGGAUCCUGGUGAGUCUCUGGGCAUCAGUAUCGUUGGAGGCCGUUCGGUUAUAAAGCGCCUGAAGAAUGGAGAAGAGCUGAAAGGCAUCUUCAUUAAACAGGUGCUUCCAGACAGCCCUGCAGGACGUACACACGCACUCAAAACUGGAGACAAGAUCUUGCAGGUAGCUGGUGUGGACCUGCAGAAUGCCAGCCAUGAGGAGGCAGUACAGGCUAUAAAAAGUGCCCAGAGCCCUGUAGACUUUGUUGUGCAGAGUCUUUCAUCCACUCCCAGGCCUGUUUCAGUCACAGCCUCCAAUAUAAGACAGCACAAGGCCAAGAGGAAAGGCAUGCUGAAACCAGAACAGCAGACUGCGCCUCCCCCCAUGCGUCUCCCUCCACCAUACAGACCUCCCAGCCUUGUGCAGGAAGAGAAGGAUCCCGAGGAGGAUAGAGAGGACAUCAGGCAGAAAUACAGCGAGCUACAAGGGGAGCUGCUGGUUGUGGAGCUGGAGAAGGAUCGACAGGGUUUGGGUCUGAGCCUGGCCGGAAACAGAGACCGCUCCUGUAUGAGCAUAUUUGUGGUGGGCAUCAACACCGGAGGGCCAGCCAGCCGUGAUGGACGCAUCCGAGUUGGUGAUGAGUUACUGGAGAUCAACAACCAGGUGCUUUAUGGGCGAAGCCACCAAAAUGCAUCAGCCAUAAUAAAGACCGCUGCAUCCAAGGUGAAGCUGGUGCUGCUCAGGAAUGAAGAUGCUAUCAAUCAAAUGGCAGUUCCACCUUUUCCCUACCAACCUUCCUUUCUCUCCUUAAACGAGAUUCAUCCAAGCCUUCCAGAAGCUGCGAUACCUGCAGAGAAGCCGCAGCCCCCGGAGAGUCUCCCAGAGCCGCUGCUAAGCCAGAGCCAGGAGCAGUCGAGUGAGGUCACUCCAGAGAGCUCAGGGUCUACAGAGGUGGUGGACAAGAGCCUAAAGGAUGGCGAGGCUGCCUCAAAAAAGCUAAAGUCUUCAGAAAGAGCAUUAGAGACUGUGGAUGAGGAUGUUUCCAGACCUCUAUUUGAAAAGACUGCUAGUCUUGCCAAAAGCCCGAGAAAUUCCAUCAAGCUUCCAUCAACUUGUGUGGAUGUGGCAGCACUCUUCCCUCCAGUGCCUCCUUCAUGCACAAGCCCUGACUUUGAGUGCUGCAGCAAAGAUCCUGCUACGUGUCCCAUAGUACCAGGUCAGGAGACUGUUAUCGAGAUCUCGAAGGGCCGCUCUGGGCUCGGCCUCAGUAUAGUCGGAGGCAAAGACACACAACUGGAUGCUAUAGUGAUCCAUGAGGUAUAUGAGGAGGGAGCCGCAGCACGGGACGGCCGACUGUGGGCUGGAGACCAGAUACUGGAGGUAAAUGGCGUGGACCUGCGCAGUGUAGCUCAUGAGGAUGCCAUCGCGGCUCUGAGGCAGACUCCUGCUAAAGUUCGUCUGACGGUUCUGCGAGAUGAAGCACAAUACCGCGAUGAGGAAAACCUGGAUGUGUUCUCUGUGGAACUUCAAAAGAAGAGCGGUCGUGGUCUUGGGCUCAGCAUCGUGGGUAAAAGGAACGGCACAGGUGUCUUCAUCUCUGACGUGGUUAAAGGUGGUGCAGCUGACGUGGAUGGCAGGCUCAUGCAGGGAGACCAGAUCCUGUCUGUGGAUGGAGAGGACAUGAGACGAGCUUCUCAGGAGACAGUUGCUGCUGUCCUUAAGUGUGCAAGGGGAAUGGUGCAGCUAGAAGUGGGCCGGCUGAAGGCUGCCUCUUGGAUCUCCUCCAGGCGCACCUCCCAGGGAAGCCAGAUUCAUGCAUGUAAUAUGACUAAUAGCAACCCUGUGCCCCCUGUGGCACCUCCUACUGCCCCACAACCCGGCCAGUUACCAAGCAGCACUAAGAGAACUGGGAAUGAAGCCAACACCAAGAGCUCUGUAGUUGAAACCGGUCUACGCACAGUGGAGAUCACUCGCGGUCCGACCGAUGCGUUGGGGAUCAGUAUAGCUGGAGGAAAGGGCAGUCCGCUAGGAGACAUUCCCAUCUUCAUUGCCAUGAUUCAGGCUAAUGGUGUAGCUGCCAGAACCCACCGCCUCAAGGUUGGUGAUCGUAUUGUGAGCAUUAACUCUCAGUCUCUGGAGGGUCUGACGCAUGGAGAGGUGGUCACUAUGCUGAAACACGCCUACGGCAACAUCACGUUACAGGUGAUAGCAGACACUAACAUCAGCGCCAUCGCCAAUCAGGUGGAAAGCAUGUCCUCGAGCUCCGGCCUGAGCACCAACCCCGAGACUUCCAUUACAGAGCCGGAAGCGCCCAAGCCAAAAAGCAUCACUCUGGAAAAGGGCUCAGAAGGGCUUGGCUUCAGCAUCGUGGGCGGCUUCGGGAGUCCACAUGGAGACCUGCCUAUCUAUGUCAAAACUGUCUUCAGCAAGGGGGCAGCAGCGGUGGACGGACGUCUAAAGCGUGGAGAUCAGAUCCUGUCCGUUAAUAGAGAGAGUCUGGAGGGAGCCACACAUGAGAAGGCUGUGGCCAUCCUGAAGAAACAAAGAGGGCUCGUCACACUGUCUGUUCUGUCUUAACACAAACACACACUCACACACACAAGGACUGCCACGAACUACACACACAGCUCAGACCUGUUGAAUUCCUGUCACAAUCCAAGGAGAGGAUUCUGAAACCUGUUGUACACACACACACACACAUACACAAACGUACACACACUAGAGGGAGUAUGCGUAGCACCUGAUCAAGAAACACAAACUCCAGCAGAGCUCCGAAUCAAAUUUAACGUUACCCCUUUAAUGUGUGUGCACAGUUUGGAUCAGUCACUAAACAAGAAGGGAAACUGCUCAUGUCAGACGUCUUCAAUCCUUUUGUUUCAUGUUGUUAUGAGCAAUGAGCAGUUAGUCGUGGAUGUCUCCUUUUUUAAUUUAUAACACUCUUACAGUCAACACACUAAUGGAUCCCAGCUUGUGGCUACGCAGUUCAGGGUUAUAACUUGGUGGCUGAUCAAUUAUCUGAGUAGAAAGGUGAAGAAAUACCUAAUCUCUGUAGGUAUGUAUGCUUACAAUGUACAAGAAUUUGGACACAUUUCCCCGUACUGAGAUAAGAACAGGAAAAGCAUUAAAGUCUAGCAGUAGUGGGCCUAGAAUGAGACAGAUGAGAGAAUCUUAACACAGAUGCUAUGCAGCUUCCAAAUUUCUAACCCUGAAGUCAAUUUGAAUACUUAUUUUAUUCAUAGAUAUUGUGAAUAAUAUACUGUCCUCUGAAAAUGUAGCCUAAUAUGUUAAAGGACGAGUUUUUACUAAUGGACAGCUUAGAUGUUUACAUUUAUACAUACAUAAAGCACAGCAGUCAGGAUCUCCUAAAUAAAUAAAUAAAAGGCUGAGACAACAGUAAGGGACUCCGGAGUGAUGAAGGAAACAGCUCGGAUUGCCCACAGUUUUAAGAAUCUAUUUUUUUAAUGAAAGAGGAUGAGGAUAUCCAGUGCAUCGUAUUCCUUUGUAUGGAAGCAUCAGUUACUUCACAUCCAGUACGCAAUGUGUCUAAGCAAUAGACUUUCUCUCAUUCAUAGUUUUGUCCUGGUGUGUAGAUUCAUCUUAAUUCAUCAGAUUCAUGUUAUUGCUUUGUUCUCAGUCUCAGAUACUAAGUAGUAGCUCAGUGGUUAAGGUAUUGGACUACUGAUCGGAAGGUCAUGAGUUCAAUCCCUACUGUAGGUCCACCAAGCUGUCACUCCUGGGCCCCUGAUCAAGGCCAUGAACCUGUGUAAUUGAGAUAAAUGAGCUUUUAUUAUGUGUUUUGAGAGUGAAGAGGUUUUUAGGUUUUCUUGGUGCAGGUAAAGAUGUAGAAAUUCUUGUCAACGGUAAUGACAUGUGCUUCCCAACGAAAUGAUGUUGAAAAAUAUAAAAAAUAUCUAUAUUUUUUUCCACAAAGCGACCAUUUUUAUUUACCUGGAAGCAGUGAGUAAUACAUGCAGAUAUACACACGGUUUCACCAGCUGACUGACAGUACAAUUUAAGUCACGUUGCUUGCUAAUAAGAAUCAGUAAUCACUAAUGAAUGUUUCUACCCACACACACACAGUCCUAUAUAGAAAACUAUAGGGGUGAACUGUGAUAAGGGAUUAGUGCUCAAACCUUUUUUUGCUGGCCUUAAUUAGAUCAUGCUGAGAAUUCUGUUUCUGUUUUUGUCUGUGUUGUACAGUAUAUGUGCCCUCCUUUAUUAUUGUCUCAACACUAGCAGCAGCAUGAUCUAUUGCAGCGAAGUGGAGUACUGUAGAGCGCAGCGCUCCUGUUUCUGACCGAAUAAUCAUGUCAGACUUCAGCUGUCAGAUUCACAAAGAAUUGUUGUGAACCUUAGAGGUUUUUUUUUUGUUUGUUUAGAUUAUUUUUUAUUAGUCUUUUUUGUUGUUGUUGUUGUUGUUACUAAAUCUGUCAUCAGUGUUUCAUCAUUUAAUUGCACAAAUCAUUUUAAUGUAAAUAUGUAAUUUAUUUCAUUCAUUCAGUUCAAUUUUGUAGGACUUUUGAACUAGCAUUCCUGUCAAUGUAUGAAAUGAAGACGGUGUGAAAUGCAUCGUUUUACACUGUGUGUACCACAAUAUGAGGAAAUCCUGUGUCAGCUCAGCUCCAAACGGAAGUGUGCCAAAUUCUUGCAAAGACACCCGUUAUGACCCCAGGGUAGUCAGAAAUGCACGACGAGACCGGACAAAACAUCCAUGCCGAGGUUAACCACUUUCUGCAUUAGGAAUAUGUUUGACACAUUUUAGUUCCAGCUUUAUAUUUAACUGAAUCAGGAGUAUGAAAACACUACACUGGGUAUUCCCCAAACACAAAAAGCUCAUUGAACCUACACACUGACUUGGUGAGGUGUGCAGAAAUUUGUAGCUACAUCUCAAAUGGUAUUCUUCACAUACUUUUAGUGUGAGUAGUGUCUUCACACCAGGAAACCCAACAAGCUGUAAUGUGCUAUUAAUAUUCAGUUGAUGUACUUAUAAAGCCUAAAAGUCAAGUGUGGAACAAUGAUAACUUUUUGAACCACCUGAAGUCAGUACAGAUUGCAUUAUGUUUAAAAAGGGGCGGGUCGUCAGAUCACCGUUGGCUAAUAAAGUGUUGCUAAAUAACAAGUACAGUAAUUGUGCUGCAAAAUGUUAAUGAACAUGUUACAAAUAAUAAUAAUAAUGCACAUGUUUAAAAACAACACCAGGGCCUGUAUACUCUAGUAGGUAUGUUGUGCAAGUGUAUUGGUGUCUAAAAUCGUGCCUAGUGCACCAUUUGAGUUUUCAAUAAGUGGCCGAAGACCUGAAUCACGUUUGUUAAAUGAAGUAGAAUGCUAAUCUCUGUAAUGCUCUGACUCCAACACUCCCUCUCUAAAUGGUCCUAACAUUUUAGCUUAAUGGUCCUUCUGGGAAAAGUCUGCAGCACUGUGGUUCAACUGGUAAAGGAUUUUCCCAGCACAGGUAUUCCUCACAUCAGUUGUGUCUGUCGAACUGAAAAAUGUUAAAUGCCAUGACUUGGCUUCCAGGUGCAGACUGUGUUCACCAUGCUGUCUGCUAUGAACUCCCUUUAAAACAUAUGUUUGUGUCCUAUGCUUGUUCUCUCUUUUUGUCUGUCUCUCUCUCGUUCUGUGUUUCUCUCUCUCGCUCUCUCUCUCUCGCUCUCUCUCUCUCGCUUCUCCUCUGUCCCAGACAAAUACAGAAAAAAUGUCUGUUACUUGUUCAACUUUAAAUGUUUAGUUCAUUGGUCAGUCUUUGUGAAAUGAUCAUUUAAUGUGAAAUCCCAAAGAAACCAUGUCAAGAUUCAUUAUAUUAGAUAAUGAGAGAUGAUUCAAUAAACCUGAUAUCUACA